AUGGAACCACCUGAAAGGCCACCUGCUGGCUGGCUGCACAAGGAAGCAGAGAUUCGAAUCAGAAUCCUUGGGCCACAGCCUGAUGAGAUGAGCAGGGGGUGGAGACCUGAGGAUGGGGGUGCUGCCCCUUCGCCCCUGCCCCCAGCCCUGUCCUUUCUCCUCCUCCUGCCUCUGGCCAGCGCCCUGCAGCCCACUCUGCUGCCCUUGCCAGAGUUGAGGCUCGUGGGGGGCCCGAGCCGCUGCCGUGGGCGCCUAGAGGUCCUGCACGGUGGCUCCUGGGGCAGCGUCUGUGAUGAUGACUGGGAUGUGGUGGACGCAAAUGUGGUGUGUCGCCAGCUGGGCUGUGGCCUGGCACUGCCCGUGCCGAGACCCCUUGCCUUCGGCCAGGGCAGGGGCCCCAUCCUGCUCGACAAUGUGGAAUGCGGCGGGCAGGAGGCGACGCUGAGCGAGUGUGGCAGCCGGGGCUGGGGCGUCCACAACUGCUUUCACUAUGAGGACGUGGCUGUCCUUUGUGAUGAUUUCUUGCCCACCCAGCUCCCAACAAGGAAGAUGUUAACUGGCAGGGCACCCCCUACAACUCCUCAGAAUGGGAAAGGUGAGGGCAGCGUGCGCCUGGUGGGGGGCGCGGGCCCGUGUCAGGGCCGAGUGGAGAUCCUGCACGGCGGCCUGUGGGGCACGGUGUGUGACGACGACUGGGGUCUGCCGGAUGCCACCGUAGUCUGCCGUCAGCUGGGCUGUGGGCCGGCCUUGGCCGCCACCACCAACGCCUUCUUCGGCUAUGGCAGAGGACACAUCCUGCUGGACAAUGUGCACUGUGAAGGCAAGGAGCCCCGCCUAGCAGCUUGUCUGAGCCUCGGCUGGGGCGUGCACAACUGCGGCCACCACGAGGACGCGGGUGCGCUCUGCGCAGUCCUAGGCCCCCCAACUCUCACAGCACUGCCACCCUUGGCCACAAGAGAGGAUGGUUCCUGGCACACAGAGCCAGCAGCUACAGGGGUUGGUGCUCAGCCCUCUGGGGAGACAACACUGCUCACCACAGCAGCCUGGGCCGCGGGGAAGAAAAGCGGGCGGCUGCGGCUGGUGGGCGGCCCGGGCCCGUGCCGCGGCCGCGUGGAGGUGCUGUAUGCCGGGGGCUGGGGCACCGUGUGCGACGAUGACUGGGACUUCGCGGAUGCGCGCGUGGCCUGCCGCGAGGCGGGAUGCGGGCCAGCGCUGGGCGCCACGGGCCUCGGCCACUUCGGCUACGGCCGCGGCCCCGUACUGCUGGACAACGUGGGCUGUGCGGGUACCGAGGCCCGCUUGAGCGACUGUUUCCAUCUGGGCUGGGGCCAGCACAACUGCGGUCAUCACGAGGAUGCGGGUGCACUCUGCGCAGGCCCAGAGGAACUGGGAUUGCAAGUCCAGCAGGAUGGUUCUGAGACCACCCGGGUGCCCACUCCUCGACCCAGGGAUGGGCACCUGCGUCUGGUCAGUGGAACCCACCGAUGCGAGGGCCGUGUGGAGCUCUUCCUAGGGCAGCGGUGGGGCACCAUUUGUGAUGAUGCCUGGGACCUGCGAGCAGCCAGUGUCCUGUGCCGCCAGCUGGGCUGUGGCCAGGCCCUGGCAGCCCCUGGUGAGGCCCACUUCGGCCCAGGCCGAGGCCCCAUCCUCCUGGAUAACGUCAAAUGCCGUGGGGAUGAGAGCACCUUGCUGCUCUGCUCUCAUAUCCGCUGGGAUGCUCACAACUGUGACCACAGUGAGGAUGCCAAUGUCCUGUGCCAGUUGUCAUGACCAAGCUGGCUCUGCAGACCACCUCUUCAGGGAGCCAAGUGUCACCUGGUCCUCCUCCUCCAGGAAGCUGACCUCUUCCAGGAGGGCCUCCUCCUGUGACUUGCAGUUCAAGCAGCCUCUCCUCCCCUAUGUCUUAGGAGAGAGGCUGCCCAGGCAGGGUGGUCCUGCAUGGGGACCUUUACCCCAUCAACUUUAUUAUGUGACCUCAGCCUUUUAUCAGCUAUUGUGGGCUCCAUAUACGACAUGCUCAUACAGCCAAGAUGGAAAACGGGGAGGUGGGAGGGGUUGAUUCUCAACUCUUCUCUUCCCAAGAGCUCCUAUUCCAGCCGUCCUGACCCUCCCUGCCUGGAUCCUGAUCCAGGCCACUCAGCAGCUCUCUGUAAAUGGAGUUCUCCCCUUUCCCUCACCUAUCUUAGGAGUCACACAAAGAGGAAGGCAAGAGGGACCUCAGCCCUUUCCUUAGACUCAGGGGCUGCAGAAGAACCUGGGUCAUCACCCUGCCCCUCUCCAUGAGGGCCUGGACUCAGAUGGUGCUCGGCUGGACAAAGGGGCUGGAGGGGCCAAAGAAGGGACAGAGGUCCCUCCCUGCAGCUAGAACCAGCAUCUGAUUUAUGCUCCCCCACCACAGAGCCUCCACUUUGCAAUGGCAAAGAAGCCUGGGGCCUGUAGUCACCCGUUCAUAGGUGCCAAGUCAA